UCCGUACACGGCCGAUAGUCUGGUUUAAUUUCACGUAUUCCGCGGUACGUAUCAGCUGUUCGGUGACAGUUUGCCAGCCGUAAGAGUAGAGAGUCGAGGUUUAUUGUUUGGGAAGCAAUAUGGCUAUCUGGUGAUUAGUAACAGUGCGAUACGUAGACAAAGAAACAACGCAGUUCUCAUGAUAUUUGGAGACGCGUUGUGCAUCCUAUAGUUUAAUUUAAAAUAAGAGAAACAAUAGAAUCGAUAGAAUGUUGGAACUCGAGGUGGUGCCCGAAAGAUCCCUCGGUUGCGAGCAGUGGGAAUUUAUUUUAGGUAUGCAUUUUUCCCAAUCUGUAUCAAUAAUACAAUCUCAAGUGGGCAUUAUAAGGGGAGUACAAGUACUUUAUAGUGAUAGUAAUCCUUUAGAUGUAGAUUUAGUAAUAAACUUACCUCAUGAUGGAGUUCGACUUAUAUUCGAUCCAGUGGUGCAAAGGCUCAAAAUAAUUGAGAUUUAUAACAUGAAGUUAGUUAAACUCAAAUACUGUGGUUUGCCAUUCAAUUCACCAGAGGUUUUGCCAUCUAUUGAACAAAUAGAGCAUUCCUUUGGAGCAACUCAUCCUGGUGUUUAUGAUAGUGACAAACAAGUAUUUGUAUUAAAUUUUCGAGGAUUAUCAUUUUAUUUCCCCAUUGACUCAAAGUUCCAACCUGGAUAUGCACAUGGAUUAGGAUCAUUGCAAUUUCCAAAUGGAACUUCUCCUCUUGUAGCAAAAACAGCUAUUUAUGUGGGUAAUAUGGGUGCUGGAGGUGGAAGUGAUGAACACAAUUUAAAAGCACCACCACCACCUUUACCACUUGUCUGCUAUCAUAACAAUUUGUAUUUAGAAAAGGCAGAUGUCAUACGUGACAAAAUGCGUACACGAGGUCUUAAAUUGCAUCUCUUCACUGAAGGUAGCUCUGUAACGAGAGUAUUAUUGGAACCGAAAAAACGUUGCUUAACCAAAGAGGUGUUAUUUGGGGAUACUUGUGAAGAUGUUUUAAGUGCUUUAGGAGCACCAUCUCGUGUAUUUUUUAAAGCCGAGGAUAAAAUGCGUAUUCAUAGUCCUCAUGCACAUAAACGUGAUAAAAUAAGACGGUCGGAUUUCUUCUAUAAUUAUUUUACUUUAGGAUUGGAUGUUUUAUUUGAUGCCAAAACUCAAUGUGUUAAGAAGUUUGUAUUACACACAAAUUAUCCAGGGCAUUAUAAUUUUAAUAUGUAUCAUCGCUGCGAGUUUUCUUUAACUCUUCCACCAGAAAAUAAUUCCACCGAAUCGGGAAAACUCAUAGAUGUUUCCCCUUCUCCAGUUACGAUCACUGCCUAUACGAAAUGGGAUAGAAUAAGUGAGCAGUUGAAGGCUAGUGCACGGCCAGUAGUAUUAAAUCGUGCUUCUUCGACGAACACAACAAAUCCAUUUGGUUGCACAUUUUGUUAUGGUAUACGCGAUGCAAUUGUUGAAGUCAUGGCAAAUCAACAUAUUGCGAGUGUAACUUUAUACAGAGCGGUGUGACCUUGAUAAUUUAUACAAUAAUAUGGUGCAUUAUAAACCGCUCUUUAAAGAGCAAUUGAUGGAAUGGUGUUUUUUGCAAAACAAACAAAAAAAAAAAUAGGCAAGUUUUAAGUCUGUUAGAAAUUGCAUAAUAACAUCAACAACUUUGAAAAAGACUGUACAAUGCAAAGAGAAUUAACAAGAGUGCAAAUAUUUACAAAAUCCUGAUGCAGUUUCUUUUCCUAACAUUAAUGUAACAUUGAAACCGCAAAGAUUUCAAAAGAAA